AUGGCUGCAAUGGCAAAAGACUCUGCUUCACAGGGAUCCAAUAAACUGAACCUAAACAGUGCUGUCUACCAACAGGCCUCUGCAUUCCAGGAAAUGGCUGCAAUGGCAAAAGACUCUGCUUCACAGGAAUCCAAUGAACUGAACGUAAACAGUGCUGUCUACCAACAGGCCUCUGGAUCAGAUUCUUCGGAUCAAACAGAUGGUCAAGCACAAAUGAAAUCAGCCUCAAAGCAAAAGUCUUCAAUGGUGAAAGGCUCUGCUUCACAGGAAUCCAAUGAACUGAAUGGCAAUGGUGCUGUCUAUCAACAGGCCUCUGCCUCAAAGCAAAAGUCUUCGAUGGCGAAAGGCUCUGCUUCACAGGAAUCCAAUGAACUGAACGGCAAUGGUGCUGUCUACCAACAGGCCUCUGCCUCAAAGCAAAAGUCUUCAAUGGCGAAAGGCUCUGCUUCACAGGAUUCCAAUGAACUGAACGGCAAUGGUGCUGUCUACCAACAGGCCUCUGCCUUAAAGCAAAAGUCUUCAAAGGCGAAAGGCUCUGCUUCACAGGAUUCCAAUGAACUGAACCAAAACAGUGCUGUCUACCAACAGGCCUCUGAUGAACGGUACAUUAAAUAUAACCAGAAUUUUCAGAACAUUGAUCUGGAUGAGGAUUUCUCUGAUGAGGGACACAGCACAGAAAAUCUGUCCGUUGGCUUCCAAGAGCAGAGAAAUGAUAAUUCCAAACAGAAGGCUUCCAGUAAGGAAUCCAACACAUGGUACUACGAUCAGAGGGAUAGCUAUGAUAAGAGUAGUGAGCAAUCUUCAAAACUAACCUUCAUUGCUCCAACAACAACUCCAGUUCUGAGAAGUGUUGUAUCUGCUCACAAUAGUCAAGUCUGUAGCACUUGGGGUAACUCUUACUUCAAGACCUUUGAUGGAGACAUCUUCUACUAUCCUGGUACUUGUAACUAUGUGUUUGCUUCCAACUGCAAGAGCAAUUUUGAAGAGUUUAACAUCCAGAUCAGACGUUCAGUUGCAAAUGGUAUGUCCACCAUCAGCCGCAUAGCUAUCAAGAUUGAGGGGAUUUCAAUUGAACUUUCCAGUGAAAAUGUUUUAUUUAAUGGUCAAAAGGUGGAUCUACCUUACGGUUUCUCAGGAGUCCAGAUAGAUAGAAGUGGUAUCUACAUCAAAGUCUCUUCCAAACUUGGUCUUGGAUUCAUGUGGAAUGAGGAUGAUGCAAUUUUGUUGGAGCUUGACAACAAAUUUAACAACAAGACUUGUGGUCUAUGUGGGGACUUCAAUGGCAUUCCCGUUUACAAUGAGUUUAUUUCAAACAAUGCUAAACUGACCCCGAUUCAAUAUGGAAACAUGCAGAAAUUAAAUGGACCUACAGAAAUGUGUCAGGACCUAACCAUCCAGCCUCAAAACAACUGCACUGAUUCUAGGAGACUUUGUGAAGUGAUCUUGACCAGCUCUGCAUUUUCCUCCUGCAACCGUCUAGUGGACCCUACAUUAUACAUUGAUGUUUGCGUACAAGAUUUGUGCCGGUGUGCACAAAAAGAUACUGGCUUCUGCCUUUGUAACACCUUUACUGAAUAUUCCCGGCAGUGUGCUCACGCUGGAGGGCAACCCAAGAACUGGAGAACUCCCAAGCUGUGCCCUCUUCAAUGUAACUUCAAUCUUGAAUACAAGGAAUGUGGAAAUCCAUGCCCCAACACUUGUUCCAACCCUGACCGCUCAUCAGUCUGUGACAACCACUGUAUUGAUGGAUGCUUUUGCCCUGCAGGAACCGUUUUCGAUGACAUCAAUAACACCGGCUGUAUUCCCAAGCAGCAGUGUUCGUGUACUUACAAUGGACAGAUCUAUACAUCAGGCACUGGAUAUUCAGUUCAAUGUCAAUCUUGCACUUGUAAUGAAGGAAAAUGGAAAUGUACAGAAAACAGCUGCCCUGCAUCUUGUUCUAUUGAAGGAGGAUCUCAUAUCACAUCUUUUGAUAGCACCCUUUACACAAUCAAUGGCGACUGCUCCUAUGUUAUUUCUAAGACAUGUAACAAGAACACUUUCAGUGUGCUGGCAGAAAUUCUUACAUGUGGUCUGACCAGUACUGAGACAUGCUUGAAGAGUGUAACCAUUAGUCUUGCUGAUGGAAAAGAUUUCAUUUACGUUAAAUCAUGUGGCAGUGUCUAUGUGAAUUCGAUAUACACUCAAUUACCCGUCUCAUCAGGUAAUGUUACCAUUUUCAAACCAUCAACAUUUUACAUCAUUGUGCAAACUAAGAUUGGAAUUCAACUCCAGAUCCAACUUAUACCCACUAUGCAGCUGUACAUCAGUCUUGACCCAUCCUACAAAAGUCAAGUGUGUGGUCUUUGUGGCAACUAUAACAGCAUUCAAGCUGAUGAUUUCCAAGUGCUGAGUGGGGUCAUUGAAGGAAGUGGCUCAUCGUUUGCCAACACUUGGAAGACCCAGGCCAGCUGUCCUAAUGUCGUCUCAAGCUUUGAAAAUCCAUGCUCCCUCAGCAUUGAAAAUGAGCAAUACGCUACGCACUGGUGCUCAAUGUUAAGCGAUCCUAAUGGACCUUUUGCAGAAUGCCAGGCAACAGUUAAUCCAGCCACCUUCAAGUCGAACUGCAUGUUUGACUCAUGCAACUGUGCCAAGAGUGAGGAGUGCAUGUGUGCCGCUCUGUCCUCCUAUGUACAUGCUUGUGCCAAAGCAGGAAUUUACCUGAAGGGAUGGAGAAACAACGUCUGCCAACUGUACACAACUACAUGCCCCAAGACCUUAUCCUACAGCUAUGUCGUCAACACAUGCCAACCUACUUGUCGCUCACUCAGCGAGCGUGACAUUACUUGUGACAUCUCCUUUGUCCCGGUUGAUGGCUGUGUUUGCCAGAAUGGAACCUACCUGGAUGAUAAGGGUGCCUGUGUGCUCCAGUCUGCUUGUCCUUGCUACUACAAGGGUUCUGCAGUGCCACCAGGAGAGGUGGUUCAUGACAAUGGAGCUAUGUGCACAUGCACAAAUGGAAAACUAGACUGUAUUGGACAGACAACCUCACAGAAAGCCUGUGUUGCCCCCAUGGUGUAUUUUGACUGUACUAAGAAACCUGCAGGCACAAAGGGAUCUGAGUGCCAGAAGAGUUGCCAAACCCUUGACAUGAACUGCUACAGUGCACAGUGUGUCUCUGGCUGCGUGUGCCAAGAUGGACUGAUAGCUGAUGGAAAGGGGGGAUGUGUGACAGAGAGCCAAUGUCCAUGUAUACACAACAACAAAGCCUACAUGCCAGGAGAAAAUAUCAAGGUCUCUUGUAACACUUGCACGUGCAAAAACAGAGCAUGGGAAUGCAGUGGUGAUAUUUGUAUGGGCACCUGCGCUGUAUAUGGAGAUGGUCACUAUCUUACCUUUGACAGUAAAUCAUAUGUUUUUAAUGGAGAUUGUGAAUAUACCCUGGCUCAGGAUUACUGCACUGGUAACUCCAGUAAUGGAACUUUCCGUGUUAUAACGGAGAACAUCCCAUGCGGUACCACAGGAACUGCUUGUUCUAAAUCCAUCAAAGUUUUCCUCGGGAACUAUGAACUAAUACUUGCUGAAGAUAAAUUUGAGGUUGUACAACGGAAUUUAGGAACAUAUAUACCAUAUAAAGUGCGCCAGAUGGGUAUCUACAUGGUGAUUGAGGCCCUCAAUGGACUGGUUCUGGUAUGGGACAAGAAAACCAGCAUAUAUAUUAAGCUUGAACCUAGUUUCCAGGGCAAAGUUUGUGGUCUUUGUGGUAAUUACGAUGGAAAUUUUGUCAAUGACUAUACAACCAGAAGCUUGGCUGUGGUCGGAAAUGUUAUGGAAUUUGGUAACAACUGGAAAAUGUCUCCCAGCUGCCUAGAUGCUGUAGACUUGGGAGACUCCUGUUCUUUAAAUCCCUACAGGAAGGCAUGGUCUCAGAAGCAGUGUAGUGUCAUCACCAGUGACACUUUCUCAAACUGUCACUCACUCGUUAACCCGCUCAAGUAUUAUGAUGCUUGUGUCAGCGAUUCUUGUGCCUGUGAUACCGGUGGAGAUUGUGAGUGUUUCUGUACAGCAGUAGCCGCUUAUGCCCAAGCUUGUAGUGAAGCUGGUGUGUGUGUUCGCUGGAGAACUCCAACAAUGUGCCCUAUUUUCUGUGAUUAUUACAAUCGUGAAGGACACUGCGAGUGGCAUUACAAAGCAUGUGGUGCCCCCUGCAUGAAGACCUGUAGGAACCCAAGUGGAACUUGUUACCACAACUUACCAGGCCUGGAAGGAUGCUACCCCAACUGUCCACCUGAAUCACCAUAUUUUGAUGAGGACAAAAUGGAAUGUGUAGAAUCAUGUCCUUGCUAUUCACUCAAUGGAACAGAGUAUUAUAUUGGUCAGGAGAUGCCUCCAGAGGAUAAUAACAACAUCUGCACAACUUGGUAA